AUGCGCUCUGCCAACACCAACAACACACAGCUUCUCCAGUGGGUGGAGAAGGUAAAGCAGCUCACCAAGCCCGCCAACGUCCACUGGUGUGAUGGCUCAGACCAGGAAUACGCCACGUUGUGCGAGGAGCUGGUGAAGAAGGGCACCUUCGUGCGCCUCAAUGAGAAGUUCGUGGGCAAGAACAGCUUCCUCGCUCGCACGGACGAGCGCGACGUAGCGCGUCACGAGAGCCGCAUGUUCAUCUGCACGAAGGUGGAGGAGGACAUCGGCCAUGGCCGCAACUGGGCUCAACAGACCGAGAUGACCGACCGACUGGCCAAGCUGCUGGCGGGCAGCAUGGAGGGCCGCACCAUGUACGUCGUGCCGUUCGCCAUGGGGCCGCCCGGCUCGGCCCUGGCCCGCUACGGCGUCCAAAUCACCGACCACGCCUACGUCGCCGCCUCGCUCUCUCUGGUCGUCCGCACCGGCACCGACGUCCUCCAGCACCUCGGCAAUGGCGAGUUUGAGAAGUGUCUGCACUCGGUGGGUGUGCCGUUGGGCGGCAGCGCUGCUGACGUGGCGUGGCCAUGCAACAUCGAUGACCACCACCUGGCCUUCUUCCCCGAGCACGGCCACGGCACCGACGCCGACGCGCUGGGCUCGCCCCGCUUCGUCUCGUUCGGCAGCCUCUACGGCGGCAACUCGCUGCUGGCCCAGAAGUGGUUCGGCCUCGACUGGGCCUCGGUGCUGGCCCACCGCGAGGGCUGGAUGGCCGAGCACUGCGCCGUUGUCACCCUGACCGACUCCGAGGACCGCAAGUUCCACAUCGCCGCCAUCUUCCCCUCGGCCUGCGGCAAGUCCUCGUUCGCGCUUCAAAUUCCCACCAUUCCUGGCUGGACGGUGCGUUGCGUGUCGGAGAACAUGGCGUGGCUGCGCCAGGGAGCGGACGGCCGCCUGUACGCGACCAACCCCGAGUCGGGCUUCUUCGGCGUGGCGACCGGCACCUCGCAGUUCAACAACCUCUCGCUGAUGGUCGCCAUGCGCAAGGGCACCAACAUCUUCGUCAACGCCGCGCUCACGCCCGAGGGCGACGUAUGGUGGGAGGGCAAGACCAAGGAGGCGCCCGCCCAGCUCAAGGACUGGCGCGGCCAGGCCUGGACCCCGGCCAGCGCCACCCCCGCGGCGCACCCCAACGCGCGCUACACAUUCCCCGCCACCAACUGCCCCGUCAUGGACGAGGCCUGGAGCUCGCCCAACGGAGUGCCGAUCGACGCGUUCCUGCUGGGCGGCCGCCGGAGCACGACCGUGCCGCUCGUCGCGCAGGCGCUCAGCUGGGAGCACGGCGUGUUCCUCGGCGCGGUGCUCUCGUCGGAAACGACCCACGCCACCGACGGCGCGACGGGCGUGGCCAAGCGCGACCCGUUCGCAUUCCGCUCAUUCCUGGGCUACCGCCUGGGCGACUACCUCCAGCACUGGGGCGAUAUGGGCCAGCGCCUGGGCCGCCACGCCCCGCUCGUGUUCCAGGUCAACUUCUUCCGCCGCGAUAGCGCCGCCGACGGGGCCUACCUGUGGCCCGGCUUUGGCGACAACGCGCGGGUGCUCAAGUGGGUGUGCCAGCGCGUGCGCGGCGAGGUGGGCGCCCGCCGUACCGCCGUCGGCCUGGUGCCGCACGCGCGCGAUCUGGACCUCACCGGGCUCGACCUGUCGCGCGAGGUUGUGGAGAACAAGCUGCUGGCCGUCAACGCCCACGAGUGGAUGGAGGAGUGCAAGGACAUGAAGAAGUUCCUCGGCGGCGUCGAGUCGCUGCCCGGCUUUGUCGCGUCGCAGCUCACCACGCUCGAGAAGAGCCUGCAGCUGGAGCUCACCAAGGUGCCGACGACGGACCGGGCGAUCCUCGACUGGGUCGAGAGCACGGUCCGGCUGUGCAAGCCCGACGCCGUGCGCUGGUGCGACGGGAGCGAGGAGGAGUACCACGAGCUGUGCCAGCUGCUGUGCGAGAAGGAAACGUUCGUCAAGCUCAACGAGAGCCUCCGGCCCAACUCCUACCUGGCCCGCUCGACCGAGGACGACGUCGCCCGCGUCGAAGACCGCACCUUCAUCUGCUCCACCAAGAAAGAAGAUGCGGGUCCGACCAACAACUGGAUGGAGCCGGCGGAGAUGAAGGAGAAGCUCAACAAACUGUACGACGGGUGCAUGAAGGGCCGCACGAUGUACAUCAUCCCCUUCUGCAUGGGUCCGCUCAACAGCCGCGUGUCCAAGUACGGCAUCGAGAUCACCGACUCGGCCUACGUCGUCGUCAACAUGAAGAUCAUGACCCGCAUGGGCAUCGAGGUGCUCCACUACAUCGAGCAGAACGCCCAGCGCGGCGACCCCAAGCCCUACCUCCCCUGCCUCCACUCGGUCGGCAAGCCGCUCCAAGAAGGUGAGAAGGACGUGCGCUGGCCGUCGAACCCGCAGAACAAGUACAUCACGCACUUCCCCGAGGACCCGUCGGUCAUGUCGUUCGGCAGCGGCUACGGCGGCAACGCGCUGCUGGGCAAGAAGUGCUUCGCCCUCCGCAUCGCGUCGACCAUGGCCCGGCGCGAGGGAUGGCUCGCCGAGCACUGCCUCAUCCUGGGCCUCACCUCGCCCGAGGGCAAGAAGUACUACAUCGCCGCCGCGUUCCCGUCGGCCUGCGGCAAGACCAACCUCGCCAUGCUCGUGCCCACCAUCCCCGGCUGGAAGGUGCGCUGCGUGGGCGACGACAUCGCGUGGAUGUACGUGGGCGAGGACGGCCGCCUCUACGGCGUCAACCCCGAGCGCGGCUACUUUGGCGUCGCGCCGGGCACCUCCGACUACACCAACCAAUCGGCCAUCCAGACCAUGCGCUCCAACAGCCUCUUCACCAACGUCGCACUCACCCCCGAAGGUGACGUGUGGUGGGAGGGCAAGUCGAAGGAGCUGCCGCCGGUGCUCGAAGACUGGACCUACAAGCAGUGGACGCCCGACUGCGGCCGCAAGGCGGCCCACCCCAACGCGCGCUACACGACGCCCGCCGCGCAGUGCCCCGUGAUCGAUCCCGAGUGGGAGAACCCGCGCGGCGUGCCCAUCUCGGCCAUCAUCUUCGGCGGCCGCCGGUCGACCAUGAUCCCGCUCAUCUACGAGUCCUUCGACUGGCAGCACGGCACCUUCCUCGGCUCCGUCUGCUCGUCCGAGACCACCGCCGCUGCCGCCGGUCAAGUCGGCGUCGUCCGCAGGGAUCCGUUUGCGAUGUUGCCCUUCUGCGGGUACAACAUGGCGGACUACUGGCAGCACUGGCUCGACGUGGGCGCGGCGCUGGGCGACAAGGCGCCCAAGGUGUUCUACGUGAACUGGUUCCGCAAGGACGCCAAGGGCCGGUGGCUGUGGCCCGGCUUCGGCGAGAACUCGCGCGUGCUCAAGUGGGUGUGCGAGAUGAUCGACGGUGUGGGCGCCCACCGCGACACGCCGAUCGGGCGCGUGCCGACCGAAGACGCGCUCGACCUGAUGGGCCUCGACGUCGCGCCCGCCGACGUGCACGAGCUGCUGCGCGUCGACAGCGACGAGUGGAAGCCCGAGGUGGCCGACAUCCGCAAGUUCUACGCCACCUUCGGCGACAAGCUCCCGGCCGAGCUGCGCCGCCAGGUCGACGAGCUCGAGAAGCGGCUCUCGGCGCAAUAG